AUGAACAUCUACAAUGCCCAAGAAUCCAAAGUAAAAAACCCUCCCAAUUCAAUUAUUAUUUAGUUACAAAGAGAGUGUGAAAGUUUUUUAGGGAUCAAACAAGUACUACCUUACCUGAUAUGCGGGUAAAUUGUCCAAGUGUCUGGCUUUUUCUAGCGGUGUGCGCUAAAAUUUGACGGUAAUAAAUGACACAGUUUACGAUAACAAGCAUGGCAAAGACCAAAGAAUAUUAGAGAGGAGAUCGAAGGAACCGUAUUUUACAAUCAAAGUGUAUUUUUGAACUCUGAAAAGUAUUACUUUAACCUUACGUACAUACACGUUCUUAUAGCUAUGGGUCGGCAAAGGAAUUUUAUUGUCGCAUUCUUACGACGUAAAUUGCCCUCGGCAUUUCCUUAUGCUUUAUAGCAGCAAAGCCCCAAUAAUUUUAUAAAUAAUUUUAUAAUCAUGUUUAUACAUGUUAUUCUAGACCUUAAUUCAUGCAGUAUUUUGGGUAAGAGCUCUAAUUUUAGCAGUUUUUUAAAAUUUUUAUACACCUUUACCUUCUGUUAACCCUUAUUUUGGUUAGUACUCAAAUUCAAACCAUUACCCUGCCGUAGCCUCCGAGCGACUGUGGUCGCUGGCGAUUGCCCGCCGCGCCUGUUGUCCCUGCGCCUUGUCUGAGCUGGACUUUGGGCCCGGAAUGGGCGGCGGCGUUCAGGAACCCGUAGCGUUGCCGAAGCUCCGGCGGCUGGGCGGGUGGUGGGACGCCGAGAAGUUUACUGAUGAGCGGAACGAAUGGCCGGGGGGCCGGGAUCAAGGGGCCGGCCGCGGCCCCGCCGUAGCCCUGCGCCGAGCUGCGUCGCCGAAAGGACUGGUAGUGGUGGGGGUUGGGGUUCAGCGAGGCGCGAUGAUGAUGCUCUUCGAACUUGGACGCCGAUGA